GUGUACUGAUUUUAAUUAAAAAGCUAUAAUAGUUUGAUGGUACUAAUUCACGGUAUCAGCCAAAAGGGGAAUAUAUAUUUUGAUUUUUAAAUAUUGGACUAUAUGUGUUUACCGUAUAACGAUAAAAUAUAUAUAAAGUUUAUAAUAAUUUAAAAGGUUAGACGAAUUAAAACAAUAAAAAUAUACCGGCAAAUAUGGCCCAUAGGCCCUGCAUAACUGGAGUAGUUUUUAUAGUAUGGGCUUACUAAUUUAAUGUUUGGUUUUAAAGAUCUGUUCGUAAUUAGCAGUUUUGUACACAGGUAAUACAGACAUCAUUUAUUAGAUAUUGUAAUAAUGGUUAGAAACUACAUUCGAAAAACCACUCGAGGAUCUUGGUCUGAAGAUUCCAUGAGAAAUGCUUUGUUGGAAAGAUACUGUAGCAACACCAGUUUUAGGGAACUUGCUAAGAAAUACAAUGUUCCAAGUUCUACAUUACGUAGACAUGCUGCCGGUGUGUUAAAAAAGGCUUCUGGCACUAAACACCUUGGUCGUUCAUCAACUUAUAAUGAUAAGAAUGAAGAUAUAAUGAUGAUGGCAAAAUAUUAUGAAAGGAAUCAAAAUGUGAUGACAAAAUAUAAUGAAAAGCAUGAAAAUGUCUUAAUAAAUAAAUAUGAUGAAAAGGAUCUUGUGUCUUAUAAUUCAACAUUAGAAAGAACUGGAUCUCAGUUGACCAACACAAAUUUUGAAGAAAUGGGAUUUGAAAAUGUCAACAUGCAAAACAUUAAUUGGUAUGACUGGAUGAGACUGGUGAAUUGGAUCUCAAUCAAGACAUUCGGACGUUCUUACAUUGAACAAGCUGCAAUUACUGCAAAUUCUGAGGUCAAUUAACUUAAACAGGGGAUACCGAAAGAGGAUUCAAGCACCUAAAAAGCUUUUAAACAGAAGGAAAACCACAUGGGAAGCAAGUUAAUGACCACUGACCAGAAGAACCAGGUUACUGACCAACUUAAAUAUCAAAAUGAACUAUUUCUGAAACAGAAAAGGAAUAACAAUAACAUGUGUGCUUAUGAUGUUCAACAAAGAAAAUUUGGGAUUUGGGAAAAGCGAAUCCAACAACAAGCAAAAAACAAAUAGAGUAUAUUUUUCCAGACUGCAGUUAUGAUCGGUUCAGAUGACCCCUCUAAAAACUGUUGGCUUUUUGUAUCCCCGUGGUGGUAAUUAUUUUUCUCAGAGUGGUUUUAAAUCACCGUUUAUUUUGCCAGUGUCACAGAAAUCUGGUUCUGUUAAAAAACUGGUUCCCAUCGGCUACUUAUAACAUAUUUUAUUAAAAAAAAACAACUCUGGUUUCGACUAAAAAUAACAGUCGUUAGAUACAACAUAUUUUGUGCAUUUCUUUUUUUAAGAUUUAUCUUCUUAAUAAAAAUUGAUACAUACUGUAUUUUAACUUAAGGUAUAUGUUGUGGCUUAUGACCAGUGACCACUACUGUUAAAACCUUAUCAACAACAAAAAAAAGGCGACAAUACCUACAUUUUCACAUUAAAUAAAAUCAACUAUCUAAAAACAUGAAUAAAUGUUUUUAGGUAAUCUUUGUUCGGAACCAGAUUUAUAGAUUUCUGAUAAAAUUGUUCCCUGUCUGCGCAGUAGCUGAUGGGAACCAGAUUUCUGCAACACGGUUACGCCGAAAUGUUGUUUAUGUUGCUUGAUAAAUUGACUUUUUUUAUUAUUCCUUUGAGAUUUGCAUAUGUAGACUUUAUAUUGUGCCAUUUCUUGUGUUGUCCUGUGAAGUUAAGUGUAGCAAAGUAAGUAAACAAAAUCUAUUUUUA